AUGUCCGUUCUCCACGAAACGAUUCCCGGCACAGAUGUGUACGGCCCAGGCACGUUUAUCGACGAUAAAGUUCUGCCUGUGCCCGAAGACGCCAAACGGGUAUUCGAAUUCCUCGCUUCGCAAACACCUGGUUUCACCAAGAAUAAGGCCGCAUGGGAUACUGUUCAUUUUGAAGGGCAAGCUAAGCCCAUGAUCCCAGGGCCUAUCAAGUCUGCUGUUACAUCAUCGGCCCUUCAUGCUAUGGCAGGCCUUGUUGCCAAUGAGAUCUUGGAACUCCGUGAUGGAAAGGCCGUGUCUGAGAGCAGUGUCACGGUAGACACUGACCACGCUGGACUUUGGCUUGGCUCUGUGUUCACCACUUAUAUCGAUGGCUUGGAUAUUUCGGCUUGGGGUCGAUCGGGGAAAAUGGGGUCCUUGUUUCCCCGAGAUUAUGAGCGUGGCGUUUUCCAGGGUAUCGCGGGCCGGACCACGGCGAUCUACCAGACAAGGGAUCCUAAAGUCUGGUAUCAGUUGCACGGCUCAUUGGACGCCAAAAAAACCCUCGAAUCUAUGGGAAUUGAUGCGACUGUGAAGUUUGAAAAGCCUCAGCAGUACUACAACUAUAUUCAGGAGCAUAUCAUCCAAUGGAGUCCGGACGAACUUGAGAUGCACAACGUGCGCCAUGGCUUGUGUGGCAGUAUUUGCUACUCGCCGGAAGGUUGGAGGGAGACGGAGAUGGGAAAGAGACUGAACAGCCACCCCUUGAUUAAUUUCGCCGAGCAGACAUAUGCCAAACCCACACCUUCCGUGCCUCUUGCCAAGGAUUUAUCUGAUCGUCGGCCUCUUGCUGGUAUCAAGGUCCUGGAGAUGGUUCGAAUUAUUGCUGGGCCUCAAAUUGGCGUUACGCUGGCCUCUUACGGAGCCGAUGUCAUUCGGGUUAACUGCAGCAGACUAGUUGACCUUAAUGUGUUGCAGCUCGUCUUGAAUGCAGGAAAGCGGACCAUUGACCUUGACAUCACCAAGCCGGAAGACAUGGCUCGUCUCCAGGAGCUUCUUGCCGAUGUUGACAUCUUCAUCCAGGGAUUUCGAAUGGAAUCGUUGAAAAGGAAGGGGCUCGGCCUAGUCAAUCUUCUGGAAAUGGCCGCCAAGAGAAACAAGGGAAUAAUUUAUGUUGACGAAAACGCCUAUGGACCGGAUGGCCCGUUCCAUGCGCGCCCUGGCUGGCAGCAGAUUGGAGAUGCUGCAUCCGGCAGUUCAUAUGUCAUCGGCAGAUCCCAAGGAUAUGAAGAAGGAAAGAGUGCGUUGCCACCACUUCCGGUCUCCGACAUGAUUACUGGCAUUGUUGGCGCGUUGGCAGCGAUGAUGGCGGUCCGCGAUCGCGCGAUAAAGGGUGGCUCAUACCACGUCACUAGCUCCCUUGUUGCCGCGGAUGCUAUUUCGCUGGACCAGGAAGUUGGGUUGUACCCGCUCGAUGUUGUUGAAGACACUGCAAAGCGUCUUGAUUUCCCUGACACUACUCCGGAUCAGUAUGUCUCAGAGGUUCUGGUCUCGGUUGUGAACGGAUGGAAGAAGGCACUUCCUGGAUAUCUGGAUGAAGACUCGAAGUUGAUGACAACAUUUGAAGGGGGGUUUUGGGCACACCAGACAAUCAUGAAGCCUGUUGCGCGACUUGGCGAUGAAGAUUCAACAGCGAGGUGGACAUCUCCUCCUGUGCCACACUGCCAUCAUAGUCGCUCAGCAACUUGGCUGUGA